GCGACCUAUGCGGAUGAUAAGAAGCCUUGGAAGCACCACAACCACGAGGCUUCUCUCUCUCUUUCUCUCUCCAUCCGUGGGGUGUGGAAGCAAAUCCUUCCUAGCAUCCAUGGACACCAUCCUCGGAUCAACCUUCCCUGUUUUCACGCCUCGCCCAGCUCUGCACACACCCAGAACCAUCGGACCCUUCAGGGCCUCCGUCAGACCGCCACCGCCCGGUUUCGACUUCCGGCGAGAGGUUCUGGAGGAGUCCAGGGCCUCCAUCGCCUCGUCGCACCCCGAGCUGCUGGACUUGGCGGGUGACGCGACCCUCGUGCUGGUCCGGAAGGGGCAGUUCGGCCCGAUCCCGGCUUGGAGGUCGGAGUUCGUGGAGCCGGAGGAGAUAUGGCUGGUGGGCACCACCCACAUCUCGCGGCGGUCCGCCGACGACGUGGCGCGGGUCGUCAGGGCCGUGAGGCCCGACAACGUCGUGGUCGAGCUCUGCAGGAGCAGAGCUGGGAUCAUGUACACAUCUAGUGAAGGAGAUCCUAGUCAACAAUUACAGUCCAGCAUGUUUUCCCUGAGUGGUACCGGGUUUUUUGGUGCCGUUGGUCGUAGCAUAAACUUGGGUGGUCAGACAGCCCUAGCAUUACGUCUACUCUUGGCAAUUUUCUCUUCAAAAAUCUCCUCAGAUGUCAACCGCCCAUUCGGAGAUGAGUUCCGAGCUGCUCGGAAGGUAUCUGAAGAAAUCGGUGCUCAAAUUGUUUUGGGGGAUCGGCCAAUUGAAAUAACACUUGAGAGAGCGUGGAGUAGUUUGAAGUGGGAUCAGAAAAUAAGCCUGGUGGUCUCUGUUUUUCGUGGAAUAGCAUCCCAAUCAGAUGCAUCAGGGAGUAAUCUUCAGGAAUCAAACACAGGGGAUAGCACAUUUGAGUUGUACAAGCAACUUAGUUUUUCUUAUCCAGCGCUUCUGCAGCCUCUCAUACAUGAACGAGACACGUAUCUCGCAUGGUCCCUAAAGCGGAGCAAGGCCGUGAACAACUGCAAGAGGGUGGUGGGAGUGAUCGGGAAGGGCCACAUGAACGGGGUCGUGUAUGCGCUUAUCUCGGACCAAGGGAACUUGCGAUUCCGUGAUGUUGCAGGGAAUAAGGCCGGGGGCAACAAAACCGGCGGUUGGGUGGAAGAUCUCACGAGGAGCUUGAUUAGAGACACUCUGUUGGGGAUUCUGCUAUGGGCAUUGUAUGAAUGGGUCAAAAGUGCAGUAUAAAACUAGAUCAAAGGAUUAGAUAAUCGACCUCUUUAAAUUGAAGACAAUAGGUCAAUAUAUUUGGGAACUUUUUUUUUUUUUGGAAGUUUUGUAAUUUCCAGUUAUUUGUACCUGUAUAUGUGGCUUCAAAAGGAAACAAGCAAUAGUUGUUGGAUUAGAGUCUCGUGAAAACUCAAUGGAUAUUUACACAAAUGGUUUCUGAAUUUCAACCUAAAGUGCAAGAUCAUUCUUGAAUGUUUA